UAGGGCUCAGGUCUCCAACAACAGAACCAGAGCCACUCAACAGCGCUGGAACCCAUUCAGUGGGGCCUGGGGCCCCUCAUCCCAAGCCAGGAGGGCUUUUGGGGAGGGGCGCAGCCCCUGGCAGACUGACAGUGUGGCCUGGGGAUUUGGGGGUGCCAAGGAAGCAGGGGCCAACCUCGUAGGAGGAGGCACGAGUGCGGUUCUCUUUCCCCCACUGGGGGGCCUGCUGUGUCGGCGGCCAGGCGGGAGGCCUGGGCGGCAGAGCCAGUGGCGCAGGGGCCUGGGCAGGGCGGUGUCUGGCAGCGGGGGCACCAUGGCUACCAUCCAGUCAGAGACCGACUGCUACGACAUCAUCGAGGUCUUGGGCAAGGGGACCUUCGGGGAGGUAGCCAAGGGCUGGCGGCGGAGCACGGGGGAGAUGGUGGCCAUCAAGAUCCUCAAGAACGACGCCUACCGCAACCGCAUCAUCAAGAAUGAGCUGAAGCUGCUGCACUGCAUGCGAGGCCUGGACCCUGAGGAGGCCCACGUCAUCCGCUUCCUCGAGUUCUUCCACGACGCCCUCAAGUUCUACCUGGUCUUCGAGCUGCUGGAGCAAAACCUUUUUGAGUUCCAGAAGGAGAACAACUUCGCGCCCCUCCCUGCCCGCCACAUCCGUACAGUCACCCUGCAGGUGCUCAGAGCCCUGGCCCGGCUCAAGGAGCUGGCAAUCAUCCACGCUGAUCUCAAGCCUGAGAAUAUCAUGCUGGUGGACCAGACCCGCUGCCCCUUCAGGGUCAAGGUGAUUGACUUCGGCUCUGCCAGCAUUUUCAGCGAGGUGCGCUACGUGAAGGAGCCAUACAUCCAGUCGCGCUUCUACCGGGCCCCCGAGAUCCUGCUGGGGCUGCCCUUCUGCGAGAAGGUGGACGUGUGGUCCCUGGGCUGUGUCAUGGCUGAGCUGCACCUGGGCUGGCCCCUCUACCCCGGCAACAACGAGUACGACCAGGUGCGCUACAUCUGCGAAACCCAGGGCCUCCCCAAGCCGCACCUGCUGCACGCCGCCCGCAAGGCCCACCACUUCUUUAAGCGCAACCCCCACCCUGACGCCGCCAACCCCUGGCAGCUCAAGUCCUCGGCUGACUACCUGGCCGAGACGAAGGUGCGCCCACUGGAGCGCCGCAAGUAUAUGCUUAAGUCCUUGGACCAGAUCGAGACAGUGAAUGGUGGCAGUGUGGCCAGUCGGCUGACCUUCCCCGACCGGGAGGCACUGGCAGAGCACGCCGACCUCAAGAGCAUGGUGGAGCUGAUCAAACGCAUGCUGACCUGGGAAUCACAUGAACGCAUCAGCCCCAGUGCUGCCCUGCGCCACCCCUUCGUGUCCAUGCAGCAGCUGCGCAAUGCCCACGAGACCACCCACUACUACCAGCUCUCGCUGCGCAGCUACCGCCUCUCGCUGCAGGUGGAGGGCAAGCCCCCCGCGCCUGUCGUGGCUGCAGAAGAUGGGACCCCCUACUACCGUCUGGCUGAGGAGAAGGAGGCUGCGGGCAUGGGCAGUGUGGCCAGCAGCAGCCCCUUCUUCCGAGAGGAGAAGGCACCAGGUAUGCAAAGAGCCAUCGACCAGCUGGACGACCUGAGUCUGCAGGAGGCUGGGCAUGGGCUGUGGGGUGAGACCUGCACCGAUGUGGUCUCCGACAUGAUGGCCCCCCUCAAGGCAGCCAUCACUGGCCGCCACAUGCCCGACUCAGGCCCCGAGCCCAUCCUGGCCUUCUAUAGCAGCCGCCUGGCAGGCCGCCACAAGGCCCGCAAGCCACCUGCGGGUUCCAAAUCCGACUCCAACUUCAGCAACCUCAUCCGGCUGAGCCAGGUCUCGCCUGAGGAUGACAGGCCCUGCCGGGGCAGCAGCUGGGAGGAAGGAGAGCAUCUCGGGGCCUCUGCUGAGCCACCGGCCAUCCUGCAGCGAGAUGGGGAUGGGCCCAACACUGACAACAUGACCAUGGAGGCUGAGAGGCCAGACCCUGAGCUCUUCGACCCCAGCAGCUGUCCCGGAGAAUGGCUGAGUGAGCCAGACUGGACCCUGGAGGGCGUCAGGGGCCCACGGGCUCAGGGGCUCCCACCCCGCCGCUCCCACCAGCAUGGUCCGCCCCGGGGGGCCACCAGUUUCCUCCAGCAUGUCACCGGGCACCACUGAUGGUGAUUCCACCCCUGCCCAUCACUGAGGGCUGCGCUAGCUGAGCUGGCAUCCCCUCCCAACCUGAACUGCUCCUCAGAGCCAUCUCCCGAACCCACAAAUUAUUCUUACAGAAAGAUAGUUAUCUGGAAAUUCCCAUUCCCCGUCUGCGGUGCGGUGCGUGCCUGCACACUUCUCUUAAACACAGCAGAGCUUUGGAGUCUGGCCCAUGCUCCUUGGCCAGAGGGACAGCAGGAAGGGGGGGCUGCACCCCGCUGGCCCUGCGACCGCCCUCGGCCCUGCUGCCUCUGUCUGUUUCAAUAUAGAACUGUUCAGCAGUCCUGCUUCAAGCCUGCUCUCACUGCCUGGGGCUUGGACUGGCCCUGGGGGGAAUGGGGGCUCCAGGCUGGCACCCAGUGACUCCCUCUGCGAUGCUGGGCCCAAUUGACCACUGGCUUAGGCUGGAGCCUGGGCUGCUGUCACACUACGAGGGAAAAGCUGUGCUUGGUUGACUAACCCAUGUCCUAAAUAUGCUAUGUACUUGGCACACUGGGAAUCCACCCUCGGAACAUGCAUGUGUUCAGUAUGUGUUAAUCAA